CAAACCCAAAACACCAACACAGAGAGAGAGAGAGACGGAGGCCGUCGAGCUUUGAAGCUUACCUUACCACCAUAACCAUUAGCACCAAGCCAAAUACCGCCUCCAUUUCCCCCCUUCUCCUCUCUCCUCCCAACCCAACCCGAAAAAAAAAAAAAACCCCAGCAAGUAGCAGCGCAGGCGGCCAGAGCAUCUUCAUCCCUCUUCCCAGUUCCCACUAUCUCCUCCAGAUCUCUCUCGCUUUCUCUGGAAACCUUUUUGGGUUCAGAGAAAUCGGAAGCCAACCCAAAGCUCAAAGCCGCUUUUCCUCAGCUCACUUUUUAUGGCUAUGGUUCUUCCUUGAAACCCGGAAACCGGAAAGCAAGGAGAUUUUCCCGCCGCCCCGAGUCAAAAACUCCCUCAAUCUCUCUCGACUCCAGUCUUUAUUUAUGGGGUGCUGCGAAUCCUGCUUGACCAAGCCGCCGAGCUCUUCCGACGUCAAACCCAGCGUCCACGGCAGCAACCAGACCCACCACCGCCAGCCGACCAACGGCGCCGCUUCCCCCUCCGCCACCGCCGGAGGUGUCCCGGCGUUCACCGAGUUCUCGCUCGCCGACUUGAAAGCGGCGACCAACAACUUCAGCGCCGAUUUCAUCGUCUCUGAGAGCGGGGAGAAGGCUCCGAAUGUAGUGUACAAGGGACGUUUGGGGAACAACGGCAGUAGUGGUACUAAUGACGAUAAGAAGAAUAGCGAUCGGGGCUGGAUCGCCGUCAAGAAAUUCACUAAAGUCGCCUGGCCUGAUCCCAAGCAGUUUGCUGAUGAGGCGUGGGGAGUUGGGAAAUUGAGGCACAAGAGGCUGGCUAAUUUGAUUGGUUACUGCUGCGAUGGCGACGAGAGGCUACUUGUCGCUGAAUACAUGCCCAAUGAUACUCUAGCUAAGCACUUGUUCCACUGGGAAAAUCAAACCAUUGAGUGGGCUCUGCGCUUGAGAGUUGCUUUGUACAUGGCAGAAGCUUUAAAUUAUUGUAGUGCUGAAGGUCGUCCGCUGUACCAUGACUUGAACGCUUAUAGGGUUCUGUUUGAUGAGAAUGGAGAUCCCCGACUAUCCUGUUUCGGACUGAUGAAAAAUAGUAGGGAUGGGAAAAGCUACAGCACCAACCUUGCUUACACACCCCCUGAGUAUUUGAAGAAUGGUAGAGUCACCCCAGAGAGUGUUGUCUUCAGCUUUGGUACUGUGCUUUUAGACCUUCUCAGUGGAAAGCAUAUUCCUCCUAGUCAUGCUCUUGAUAUGAUACGGGGCAGAAACAUCCUUCUCUUAAUGGAUUCACAUCUGGAAGGGAACUUUUCUACCGAGGAGGCAACUGUAGUCUUUGAUCUAGCCUCACGAUGCUUACAAUACGAGCCUAGAGAGCGGCCAAACAGCAAAGAUCUCGUUGAGACACUUUCCCCUCUGCAGAAUAAGUCUGAUGUUCCUUCUCACGUCAUGCUGGGAAUAUCGAAGCAAGAACAAGCACCACCGACACCUCAGCAUCCUCUUUCUCCCAUGGGUGAUGCCUGCUCGCGAAUGGACCUGACGGCUAUACAUCAGAUAUUGGUAAUGACGCACUACAAGGACGAUGAAGGAACCAAUGAGUUGUCUUUCCAGGAAUGGACGCAACAAAUGAGAGACAUGUUGGAAGCUAGAAAGCGAGGAGAUGUUGCAUUUCGUGAUAAGGAAUUCAAAGCUGCUAUAGACUGCUACUCUCAGUUUGCAGACGUGGGAACAAUGGUUUCCCCAACGGUGUACGCACGGCGGAGUCUCUGCUACCUGCUCUGCGACCAACCCGACGCAGCCCUACGCGACGCGAUGCAAGCGCAAUGCGUGUACCCGGACUGGUCAACUGCGUUCUACAUGCAGGCUGUAGCACUGGCUAAGCUGAAUAUGCACAAGGACGCAGCGGACAUGUUGAACGAGGCAGCUACUCUGGAGGAGAAGAGACAACGCAAAUGAUCUUGAGGAUGGAUGGGACAUGAUUGUGUGUUGUGGUGGGUUGAUGAUUGUAGAACUGUGUAAAUUACAUUUUGGUUUAGGAUUUGGGGUCUUUGGACCUGUGGUUGGGUAACUCUCUGUUGUUUAUUGGGUGGUUGUUGUAGCCUUGUAAUGGAGGGGGUGUUCAAAGUGUGUAAAUGGCCAAAUGUUUUUAUUUUUGGGAGGGAAAGGGUGGAAGUGAUUUCAAUGUUCAGAAUUGUAAAAUAUAGAGCGGGAGAGAAGGGCUGAGAAUAUGAUUCUUGGGGUUACACUUGCUGUUCUUCAUUUUUCUUAUUUAACAAGUUAUCAAUAAUCUCUUGUUAGUUGUUUCUGAAUUUUAUCAAAAUUUUCUUGUCCGAAUAAAAUUGUUUUGUGG